CCCGACCUUACAGAGAAAAACAGGAUCGUACCAAAACGGAAAUAAGUUGGCCACAGUUGUCGCGUCGUCUCUGGUGUAGUAGAUAUGGAUUGAAAGCGCAUAUGUUUUUGUAGGCUAUUUGUCGUUCACAUUUUAAUUUGCACAUUUUGGAGCAUUAUUUGUUUCCUCGAAUGCUCCGUAGCAAGCAUUAAAGAAGGCCCAGGCGGCGACGACAGGUUUUAUUCUUUAUUUUAUUUUUUUGUAUUAUUUCCUUUUCCCUAUUCGCUUCGACGAAUCAGUGAGGGCAGUGCGCACAACCUAAGGCGACACUGAUUGCAAACGGAAUGAAAGUUUGUGAAGAGGGAAUAUUCGACGCAGGUAUUCUACAUGGCUGGGCGUGGAAUAUAACUUGUGCUGGUGGCGUCUACAACAAAUACUUGUAAUUGCCUCCCAAGAAAGGCAAAUUCGUAGAUGACAGUAAGCGAACUACUAAAACAUAACGCUGGAUAUCUGUUAGACGUGUGCGUGGGUAGCUUGGUAACACUAAUGUUAUGGCAGCCAGUCGAGGUUGAUGCGGAUAUUCACCACAGGCACUCUUGUUUAUUAGCUUGGCUAGUCAGUUAGCGGGUUACUUAGCCACAACUUUUUGCAACACGACAUAUAUUAGCUACUAUCUUAAAGGCUGCGCUUGUGUAAAAAGGUGGCAGUUUCCGUUCCGUUUGGCUCCGGUAGCCCAGCGAGGCAUUUUGCCUACGCAGUGUUGUUAAAAUGAACGCAGAUAAGGGGUGCACCACACCAGAUAUUAUCGGGUCUCCGUGUCCACACUAUCGAAGUGGUACUUCAAGCUAAUAUAAUGUUGCGGUGCAAUCUUGAAGAUUAACGUAUAGCUACCAGCUGUAGAGCUAACUAACAUCGGAUCAAAAUAUCUGCUCAAUCCGAUGACUGUGGAUGAUGACACGCUGUUAAUUAGAUAUCAAUCCAGACUUGCAUAUUGGCAGAACGUUUGCAGCCUAGUUUUUUCCAGGCAGAACAUUUCUUCUCAGUUUACAGUAACGUUAUUCAAUGUUCCAUUCCGCUGGCUAGCCAGCUAGUUUCAGUGUGAGUCCUGACUAGUUGUGUUUAUCUGGAUGUCAUAAGUUCCCCCCCAGAAGUACCAAUUCGUUUCUUUGUAAAAACCAAUAACAGGCAUCCUGUUGAUAUUUUGUGACACUCCUUGGAUUUCUUAGCUUGCGAACGGUGACUUGAGUCAGAAUUCUGGGCCACAAUGACAGAAAACGCACCCACACGAAGUCUUGAUGACAUCGACCUCGCAGCCCUGCGGGACCCAGCAGGGAUCUUCGAGCUGGUGGAGGUCGUUGGCAACGGCACCUACGGACAGGUGUACAAGGGGCGACAUGUGAAGACGGGACAGCUGGCUGCCAUCAAGGUGAUGGAUGUGACGGAGGAGGAGGAAGAGGAGAUCAAGGCGGAGAUCAACAUGCUGAAGAAGUACAGCCACCACCGCAACAUCGCCACCUACUACGGGGCCUUCGUCAAGAAGAGUCCGCCGGGACAUGAUGACCAGCUCUGGCUGGUGAUGGAGUUUUGUGGGGCGGGGUCGGUGACGGACCUGGUGAAGAACACUAAAGGCAACUCACUGAAGGAAGACUGGAUAGCCUACAUCUGCAGAGAGAUCCUGCGGGGCCUGUCUCACCUCCACGCCCAUAAGGUCAUCCACAGAGACAUCAAGGGUCAGAACGUUCUUCUCACAGAGAACGCCGAAGUCAAACUCGUGGACUUUGGGGUGAGCGCUCAGCUGGACCGAACCGUGGGCAGGAGAAACACCUUCAUCGGCACUCCCUAUUGGAUGGCUCCCGAGGUCAUCGCCUGCGACGAGAACCCCGACUCCACAUACGACUACAGGAGUGAUAUCUGGUCUCUCGGGAUCACAGCCAUAGAAAUGGCAGAAGGGGCACCUCCGUUGUGCGACAUGCAUCCUAUGCGAGCCCUCUUCCUCAUCCCCAGGAACCCUCCGCCCAAACUCAAGUCAAAGAAAUGGUCCAAGAAGUUCAUCGACUUCAUCGAGGGCUGCCUGGUCAAGACGUACCCCAGCCGGCCCUCCACCGAGCAGCUGCUCAAGCACUCCUUCAUCCGGGACCAGCCCACCGAGCGGCAGGUGCGCAUCCAGCUCAAGGACCACAUCGACCGCACCCGCAAGAAGCGCGGCGAGAAAGAGGAGACUGAGUAUGAAUACAGUGGCAGUGAUGACGACGAUGAGAACCGCGGGGACGACCGAGAGUCCAGCUCCAUCCUGAAUGUCCCGGGCGAGUCGACGUUGCGGCGGGACUUCCUGCGUCUGCAGCAGGAGAACAAGGAGCGCUCGGAGGCCCUGAAGCGGCAGCAGGCCCAGCUGGCCGCGCAGCGCCGCGACCCCGAGGAGCACAAGCGCCAGCUGCUGCACGACCGCCAGAAACGCAUCGAGGAGCAGAAGGAGCAGAGACGCCGCCUGGAGGAGCAACAGAGAAAAGAGCGAGAGAUGGUGCGACAGCAGGAGAAGGGCCCCCACCGCCGGCUGGAUGACAUGCGGAGGGAGGAGGACCGGAGGAUGGCCGAGCGAGAGCAGGAGUACAAGCGCAAGCAGCUGGAGGAGCAGCGGCAGUCGGAGCGUCUGCAGCGGCAGCUGCAGCAGGAGCACGCCUACCUGGUGUCCCUGCAGCAGCAGCAGCAGCAGCAGCAGCAGCAGGACAAGAAGCCCCAGCUCUACCACUACAGCAAGAACCUGGAGGCCAACAACAAGCCGGCGUGGGCCCGCGAAGUGGAGGAGCGGAGCAAGCUAAACAGACAGGGCUCGCCCAAAAUCUGCACCACUGUGUCCGACACCAACAUCCAGUCACGCUCCGACUCCAUCAACCAAUCAGGGGCGGCGCAGGCUGCCCAGACCCCACCCAUGCAGCGUCCGGUCGAACCACAGGGUGGACAGGGCAAGUUCCAGAUGGCUCACCUGGUGCCGCUGAAGCCGUACGCGGCGCCCGUGCCUCGCUCGCAGUCCCUGUGCGACCAGCCCACUAAGACCAUGUCCGCCUUCCCCACGCAGGAGCCCUCCCCCACCCCCACCCCCCGCCCGCUCCACCCCCGCGAGCUCGUGCGCCAGAACUCCGACCCCACCUCCGAGAGCCAAGCCCCGCAGCCGCGGCCAAUGAGGGAGGACCGCGGGCCGUGGAUCCGCCUCCCUGAGGCCGAGCAGCCACCCAAAAUCCCCCAGCGGACUACCUCGAUCGCCACGGCGCUGAACACCAACCUCUCCUCCGGGAUCAGACACCCAGUCCGCGCCAGCAAUCCCGACCUGAGCCGCAAUGACCGCUGGGAGAGGGGCGACAGCAUGAGCGUGGUGUCCAACCUGCCCCAGACAGGCUCCCUGGAGAGACACCACAUUCUGGGCUCCUCCAAAAUGGAUUCGUCUCCCAUCCUGCACCAUGACGGGCGGCACAAGCCAGGGGAGUCGCGCACCUCCUCGCGUCCCAGUCGCCCAGCGAGUUAUAAGCGAGCUAUAGGAGAGGACCACGGGCUCUACACUAAUAAGGAGCGGGCCGAAGAGCAGCCCAGACCUCCGGUGAAGGCCAACGACUACUCCUCUUCCUCGGAAAGUAGCGAGAGCAGCGAGGAGAGCGAGAGCGGAGAAGGACCGGAGGAGGAGGAGAGCCCGACUGACCGUCCACGGGAUGCAGACACCGACUCUGUGAACACGAUGGUGGUCCAUGAGGAAGAGGAAGGAGAGGUGAGAGAGGAAGAGCGAGCUGGAGGGUACGGGGACCAGACAAUGCUGGUGCAACGAACUCCAGAGAAGCGUAGCCAUAAUGGCUACACCAACCUGCCUGACGUGGUGCAGCCCUCCCACUCCCCCACUGACUCCACCUCCUCGCCAGGGAAAGACUCUGCCUAUGAUUAUCAGUCACGUGGUCUGGUAAAGGCGUCUGGCAAGUCCUCCUUCACUACUUUUGUGGAUCUGGGAAUGUACCAUCCACAAGGUGGGACAGGGGAGUCCAUUCCAGGAACACUGGGGCCGCGGUUUGAGCAGCUGAAGGCUGAAGUGCGCAAGGGCUCCAUGGUGAACGUGAACCCCACCAAUACCCGCCCUCACAGCGACACGCCCGAGAUCCGCAAGUACAAGAAGCGUUUCAACUCUGAGAUCCUGUGCGCUGCUCUGUGGGGUGUGAACCUACUGGUCGGCACAGAGAAUGGACUGAAGCUGUUGGACCGCAGCGGUCAGGGCAAAGUCUACCCCCUCAUCAACUCGCGCAGAUUCCAGCAGAUGGACGUCCUGGAGGGACUCAACCUGCUCAUCACUAUAUCAGGGAAGAAGAAUAAAGUGCGCGUGUACUACCUGGCCUGGCUCCGCAAUAAGAUCCUGCACAACGACCCCGAGGUGGAGAAGAAACAGGGCUGGACCACUGUUGGGGAGAUGGAGGGCUGCGUGCACUACAAAGUGGUGAAAUACGAGAGAAUCAAAUUUCUGGUCAUCGCUUUGAAGAAUGCAGUGGAGGUGUACGCCUGGGCUCCCAAGCCUUAUCACAAAUUCAUGGCUUUCAAGUCUUUCAGUGACCUGCCCCACAGGCCCUGUUUGGUGGAUCUGACGGUGGAGGAGGGCCAGAGGCUUAAGGUCAUCUACGGGUCCAGCGCUGGCUUCCACGCCAUCGAUGUGGACUCUGGGAACAACUACGACAUCUACAUCCCUGUGCAUAUUCAGAGUCAGGUGACGCCCCACGCCAUCGUGUUCCUGCCCAGCUCUGAUGGCAUGGAGAUGCUGCUCUGCUACGAGGACGAGGGCGUCUACGUCAACACCUACGGCCGCAUCAUCAAGGACGUGGUGCUGCAGUGGGGAGAGAUGCCCACCUCCGUGGCGCACAUCUGCUCCAACCAGAUCAUGGGCUGGGGCGAGAAGGCCAUCGAGAUCCGUGCGGUGGAGACGGGCCAUCUCGACGGCGUCUUCAUGCACAAGAGAGCCCAGAGGCUCAAGUUCCUGUGCGAGAGAAACGACAAGGUGUUCUUCGCCUCGGUGCGCUCUGGGGGCAGUAGCCAGGUGUACUUCAUGACUCUGAACAGGAACUGCAUCAUGAACUGGUGAACAGCGAGGAGCUCACACUGCCAUUCCACUCUGCUGUUUGUGGUUGUUGUCGUCGUCGAGGUUCUCUUCUACUCCCUACAACAAGCCCUCUCUUUUCAUACGCCUGUACACACUCGACACAAUGUUUAAACGAUGUUGCUUGCAUAUAGCUCGGAAAACCGAUGGGUGCAGCUAUUGCCAUGUUACCGAGACACAUGUGGACACACUUCAAUGCUGUUAUCAGUAUCCCCACAGAUCUAAGAUUCACACACACACACACACACACUCACACAUAGACACACUUAAAGCCACAUGCAUGCACCUCGGGUGCUGGUACGUAGGGUCGGAGGUCUAUUCUGAAAUCCUCACCAUUGUGAGAUUCCCUGGUGUUGCCUCUGGGUGUAUUAGUGUGUGUGUGUGUAGUUUUUUUUUUUUUCCCCUUCUUUUCCUCCUCUGUCUCGCUCAUGGUGCACUCCAGAAGCUCACAGUAGACACGAAUCCAGAACAGACUCCAGAUGUCCUCUGUACUGUACAUAGCCCCGUAUUAACACACCACAUCAGUCCUUAAACAACAUUCCUUCCUGUCCUCCUGAUCAACAGAAAUUAUGAUAAACUGUACAGAAAUCAAUUUUGAAAAUAUGUUAAGAGAGAUUUUGUUUUUGCAGGGGAGCCAAAAAUCAACACGCAGUCUGUCAUUAUUAUCAUUUAACCAGAGCUAGCAUAUUAGAGACUGGCAGGCCUGUCUACUGUAUUAAGCUUCCUGUUGGGGUGACGCCUUUGCAGAGCUCUUUGCCUGAAAUGUACUGCAACAGCGCACUCUGGUGUUUAGGAGUGGCAUUGCAACGCCUGUAAUUUUACCAUUCAUCACUUUGUAGUCUUGUAGAGCAGGUUUUCAUGCAGGCAAAAAAAAAACUAAAAAAUCAUAGUGGUUGACUUUUCAUUUUUCAAAAUAGGGGUUUGGGGGGGCUUUUAAGAACGCUGACUUCGCCUGUUGGCCUCUAAUUGAAAAACACUUUUGCAGUGGUGGUGGUGGUACCCCGAUAAUCGCGGCGGUACCUGCUCGGGGAUGACUCUUUGCGUCGGACACUUUGUGGGGCCGGUAGUAAACACACACACACCUUACGGGCGGCUGAACUCAAGCUGAACGCGGAGCGCCGCUGCGCCCCCAGACUACUGCUCGACCUCUGCUUCUUGCUUCUCACUUCUCACCCUGCUGUGCGUUAAGAAACCUACGAAUCUAAAAGAAUCUGUCUGUCCAAGUAACGGAAAACAUGUACUCCUACAUAGGAGGCAGUCAAUCCAUUUUCUGUUUUUUUUUCUUCUUUUUUUUUUAAUGGCAGUCUUUUUUUCUCUCCUCUCAAUGUCCUCUAAGUUCCUCUAUAUCUACAGCGAUUUGAUAUUCUCCGUACUGUAUCCGUACUUGAUAUUAUUCCUGCUUUUAUUCUCUACUGUUUUAUUGCUGUUCUAUUGCAAUAUGUGCCGUUCUAGUGCCGUUCUCGUUUGAAGUUCUAUAGAGGGGACCUCUUCAGUUUUUACAGUGGGAGAAAGGCUUUUUGGGGAGGGCGGGAGCGGAGGGUAUUUCUCAGAGGAUUCGGAAUAGUAUAGUGUGACUUUUGAGAGAUAGAGAUCAUUCUCUCUAUUGAGCUUGAAGGAUAUGUGAAAUACCGGUCAGAUCGUCGGUCAUUCUAUGGCCUAUAUUAAUAACAGAUAUAACUCCAGAGCAACUCUUUGGUUGGCCCUUUCUGUCUUGAUGUAAUUAUUUGCGGCUUGUAACAGAGAUGUCAGGUUGUGUUUAGUGUGUGUGUGUGUGUGUGUGUGUGUGUGUGUGUGUGUGUGUGUGUGUGUGUGUGUGUGUGUGUGUGUUUUACCCAUGUGUAUGUUUGUGUGAUAGAGCAACUGGAAAGAGUUUAUGAACUAACCGUUCUAAGCAAUAGCAUCACGAGCCUUCAGCCACUGAUGCAGCAGUUGUGUUGUGUGCUUGUCAUCCACACACACCCCACCCCCCCCCACACACACUCAUGUUCCCCUCCAUGUGUUCAGUGCUCUGCCUUUCUAAGCACACAGUGAGAGGGUCAAGUGUGAUUUCUACUCAUUUCAAAGCUAUUCAACAAAAUGAUUAGGAAAAGAGAAUAUGAAUUAGAAUUUACAUCACUUCAUAUAAAUAUAUGUAUAUAUAUAUACACUGAAGCACUUGAAUAUCUUAAUAACUGAAAGAAAUGAAGAUUAUAUUCAAAUGUUAUCAAGCACUUUGAUCUUCCCUAAUAUGUAGGCUUUUAUUUUCCAUUUUGUUUCCGAGUCUAAAAUUGUAUAAAUGUCCCUGUAUACCAGAAGACCAAUGCUUGUGUCUUCCUCCAACUGAAGGACGCAUUACAAUUUGCCCAAAUGUUUUGGUCCAGCAUUAAGCUUAAAUCUCAGUAUCCCAACGUUUGGAAUAAUUACAUAUCAUUAAAUUCUUAUAACCAGAUGAUAGAUGAUAGAUAGCAUUGAAUAGCAAAAUGCUACCCUGAUUGAUAGCCAUCAGUUUAUUGUGUGUGUGAAUGGCUUUACAGCACACUUCAAUACAUUUCAAUCCUGGACCUAAAACAAGCAUGGCACAAUAAUAUGCCACUGCCAACAGAACACAGUCAAAUAUUGGACCAAUGGGCAGAAAAAAACUCAUUAGAAAUACAAUCAGUCUUUUGCUUAUGAAGCCAAACUGCCAUGUUUACCACUAUUGCUGUGCCUUGGGAUGGGAUAGGUGGUCUGUAAACGUGCGAUUGUGUUUGUGUGUAAUUGGAAGGAAAGGUGAGACUGACAGACAGAGGGAGGGAGGGAGGGAGGGAGGGAGGGAGAGGUGUCUUUGAGUCAGUGCAGAAGCUGAUCACCUCUCCUCAGGGAUGUAAGCCAAGGAACAUCAGGGCCUACAGAUUAAAGACCAAAUCAAAAUGGCAGCCCCUCCUCCUGGUUCAUAAAGAAAGGUGUCUUGUGCCAACAAAGUGCACUUAAUCUACCCAAAGCCAGAACAGACCCUUGAUUUCCACCUUUAAAACCGAUUCAAAACAUAAAGCCAUGACUUUGGAAUGAUUCUUUUAGUCAAGCAACAGGCAUCUAUUCCCUGGCGUGUGUCACCUCAACCGGGCAUGUUGCUGUGCUUUCUCACGCCAUUUAGCCAGGAGGGAAAGCUGUGAGGCAGACAUGGACAGCAGGCUAGAGAUGGAGAGACGUGCGUGGCGGACUGUGGGCUGUUUCCUAGCGGGCACCAGUAUCCCACAACUCUGUGCUAUUUGUAAUUACAUCGUGCCUGUGGACAGAAUGCUCCAACUUUCAUGCUUGCCGUUCACCUGUGCAAGUUGGUUGCCAUGGAGAGGGACCUAGCUCCCUGCAUCGCCAUGCUGAUCUGGCUGAAUAUUUUUUUAUUUUUUUUUUAGUUUUGUUUUUGUCUUGUCUCGUCGUUCCCGUAUCCUGGCCAGCUGAGAGAUCCACCGCCAUACUCCUCCACUCUCUGAUAACUAGACUUGCGAAAAUGAGCGAGAGACCUAGUAAGAAAAGCCAUCACUUUUUUCAACAUUGCUGCAGAUUGCUUGGAAGUAUUAGUGUGGAGAUGCUGGUGGCGAAAGGCUGUAUUAGGGUUCAUCUGUGUUCCGUGAACUAUUAAGAAACACUUGGAAAGCUUUUAGAGAGGCCUAAGAGAUGAUUUUGCUAUAAUGGGGAGGGGUCAGGGAGAAAAAUUAAUAUAUACAGUAAGCUCUAUAAGGAUGAGGAUAUUUUUAUUACAUAGAUAUGUAAAUUAUAUUGAAAGAAUUUAACGAAUGUACCUCCACUGAAGAGAUUUCUGUGUAACAUAUUUUUACCGAUAUAUUAGCAAUCUAAGCACAAUACAUUUCUGAUUCAAUAGGAUACUGUAGCUGUACGUGUGGCUAUAUACACAGUAUAACUUUUUGAGCAUUAGAAUGAGUUCCCUUCUCUUUUUUCUCUUUCCUUUUGUUUUUGUGUAAAAAAAAAAAAAACUUUUUAGAAGAAUGUGUGUGGGUGUGACCGUAGUUUGGGGCAGGUGUAAGAGCUUUUUCUGAUCAAGGUGCAUCAUGCCCAGCCCUCUCUUUCUCUCUCUCAGGAGAGGUGAGCAGGGGGGAGGGAAGGACCAGUCUCGUGUUGGGCAUGAUGGUGUUCUUGACAAGUAAAUAGUCACCUUUUCUUCACUGAAAGGUGUUUUGAAUCAGUAAAAAUACAUUUCUUCGUUACACUUUUUUUACUUAACAUUUUUUGCCCUGACGAAUGAAAUUCGUAUCUCAAGCAUGGCAUUAAUUGCCAGAAACCUUAGCAAUGUGUUAAUUGUUAUUACAAACACGUGUAAUUAAUAAAUUCAUUUCAAAGCCAUUUUGGUUUGCACUCACAGUUUCACAUUCACUGCAACAAUUUCACAGGUCGGUUUAUAUUAUGUGAAGUAAUCAUUACCACAUUGCAAUAAAAAUGUUGACUUGGUCAAGCUCGAAACACUGCUUUCAUUUCAGAGCAAUAUUGUCUAAAUUGUAUGCCUUGAUGAACUCUUAUGGGCUCCAAUGUUUGUGUGUACUUGUGUUGGUGUGACAGGAUCCAAUGUAAAGGGUAAUUGUGGCCUUUUGUGGCGUCUCGAAUCCACUACUUUCAUCAUCCAGAUGAGUACACAUGCUAAAUUUUGGUCUUUGUGUCCCCCCCCCCCCCCCCCCUCUCCAAACUAACUGAUCUUGUAAAAUGAACAAAAAAACAGUGGUGGAUCUCACUAAUAAUACACUUACAGUAUAUUUGCAGAAAUACAAAAACCUCUGUGGUGGAAUUGGAUGUUUAGUAGCAGGCUCAGAAUGCCAUUAAUCAUUACUGUCAAGGUGGUAAUUUUAGUGAUGCAGUGUAUUUCUGCAGCUGUCUUAAUCAGAAAAGGCCUUUUGACUGCUGUUUUUAGAUAUUGAUCUAUUUAAUCUGCUGUAAUCAGUUCUUAGCAAAUGGCAUUUCCUCUGACUCUAUAAUAAAGAAGAUAAAGAAAUCAUUAUCCUAGAUGGACUUUUCUAAGUAUUCACAAGGUUUGGAAGAAGUUAAACUCUGUAGAAUGUUGUCAUGGUAACCAGGAGAGGUUAAAUCUGAAGCGUUCUAAGUUGAUAUCCUCUGUGAUGGGUUGAUAACGUUAUCUUUUUAUUUCAUGUUUUAUUUUCAUUUUAAUAAUAAAAAAAAAAGUUUGUUUUUCUUUUUUUGGAUAAGUAGAUGUUUGAGCUGUAUUUUAGUGUUCAUGUUUUAAGGGUGGGAACUUGAGAUUGUACUUCAUGAACAGAUGAGAUUUAAAGUCUUAAAAAUAUUGUGUUGAAUGAACUCAUGAGUCUGUCAUGUCUUAACACAGGACUGGUUGGUAAAAUUAAAAAUACUUUGAUCUCA